AUGGCAGUCUCUGCGGUUGAACAGCUUCAGGUGAUGACAUCAAAAAGGCAAUACAAGGAGGCAGCUACACAGCUGGAGUGCUUGCAUAAUCAUUUAGGCUAUGCUUCUUUCUGCUUAGGUACUGGGACAAAGACAGAGGAAAUUUUUUUGCUAAAGAAUUUAUCUGAUUCUUGCUUGGUUAUUGAUGCUCCGGGGCCAUCUGUGAGGGAAGAGUUGAUAAACAACUUUUGCAGCAGGGAGCUAACCUCAUAUGAACAAAUUUAUGUAGGAGCUGAAUUGAAAACGUUGGAUGUAGAGCGGAUAUACAAUCGGUUAAAUUGUCUAAUUCGAACAAAUCAAGAAAAAUGGACGAUUUUUCCUGCUUCAUGGCAUGUGCCUUAUAGACUAUGCAUCCAGUUGUGCAACAAAACAAGGGUGCAAGUAGAAUCUAUUCUAGUCAACCUGAAAGAGAAGCCAGAUGUAGAAAAAUUGCUUCUGGAACUGAAAAGGACGCUAGAGUUUGAAAUGGAACUUGAAAUGAAAUUUGUUGGUGGUGGGAGUUUCGGAGAUGACACUAAGGAAAUUGGUGGAGGGGGAAAUAAUAGUCAGAAAGUGCCAUUGCUCACUAGUUACUUGUCCUGGCAGUUUAACUUCCGUGGAAUGAUCUCUUCUUGCUUCGAGCCCCAUUUAACCUAAUAUAUUGAGAAGGAAGAGAUGGAACUUAUGCAACUCCUGGAGAAAGUUGUUCAGGAGGAAAUAUGGGAUAUUGAAGAGGAAAGUCAAACUAAUAUUCUAUCUAGCAGCAUACUGUUGUUUUUCACUAUAAAAAAGAGCUUGAAACGUUGUAGUGCUCUCACCAAGAACCAGACUUUAUUCAAUUUGUUCAAGGUCUUUCAACGAGUUCUGAAAGCCUAUGCAACAAAGCUAUGUUUUAAGCUCCCAAAAGGAGGCACCAGUAUCAUUGCCGCAGCCACAGGCAUGGAGGGUCGGAUAAAGGUCUCGGACAAAGAUGAAAGGAUGAUAUGUUACAUAGUUAAUACUGCAGAGUAUUGUCACAAAACAUCUGGUGAUCUGGCAGAAGAAGUCUCAACAAUUAUUGACCCGCCUUAUGCUGACGGUGUAGACAUAUCAGAGGUCCAGGAUGAAUUUUCAUCCGUCAUAACGAGAGCAUUGGUGACACUAGUUCACGGACUGGAAACUAAAUUUGACAAAGAAAUGGUAGCCAUGACGCGCAUCUCAUGGGGCACACUUAAGAGUGUGGGUGACCAUUCUAUUAAGUACGUCGAUGGAAUAAAUACAAUCCUUUGCAGCAGCAUUCUUGUCCUUGGAAACCUUCUAACAACGGUUUACUCAUUUUUCCUCGACAAGCUGGCAUUAUCCCUUGGACCAAGGUUCUAUGCUAAUAUUUUCAGAUGCAAGCAAAUAUCAGAAACUGGAGCUCACCAGAUGUUGCUAGAUGCGCACGAUAUGAAGAUGAUAGUUUUAAAAGUUCCAUCUCUUGCCAGACAGACUCCAACUGCGAGCUAUGUCGAAUUUGUGAACCAUCAAAUGAAAAGAGCUGAAGCAGUCCUAAAGGUCAUAACAUCCCCAAUCGUCUCAGUGGUAGACACUUAUUGUGCACUGUUUCCAGAAGGAACACCAAUGGAGUUUCAACGCAUCUUGGAACUUAAGGGUCUUACGAAAGCUGAGCAGAAGAGUAUACUUGAUGAUUUCAACAAUCCUGGUUGCAGCGGCAAUGCCAGAAGCACCUGCACCGCCACUGGCAGUCGCUAA